CACCCGCAAUUGAGGCAUCUGGCAGUGGCGACCAUUCUCAAGCAGACAUGAGUGGCCUCCGGGAAGCCUCGUCUUCUGUGGAGCAGUCGAUCGGUCACAAAAGCUUGUAGGGCAUAUUCCAGGAUCGCUUUGUAUUUGCAUAUACGUGGGCUGUUGAGGGCCGCAAGCAUUUUUCGUCAAUGGCGGGAGGCGUGGUUCUGGCGAGGGUGGGAUUCAUCGCACUGGGCACGAUUUUGGCCGCGACGAUUGCUUAUACUUGCGUCACGGAUGGAUCGCCGUUCAGGAUGGAGCUCCUCACACCGUGGAUGAAGGAGACCUUGCUGGAUUUCUACAUUCUAGUCUUCAUUUUUGGCUGCUGGGUUUGGUACAAAGAAGACAGUGUCGUGAGCAGAAUUAUAUGGAUAGUUCUCCUGGUUUGCUUUGGAAGUGUCACUGCUGCAUACUACGUGAGCAUCCAGCUCUUUAAGAUUUCUGUCCACGAUCCAAUCUACACCAUCCUCUACAGGAGACAGAGAACAUCGCAACACAAAAUGGAAACUAACCUAAGCUAGAAUCUACCAUAUAACCAUUUCUCAGGGGAGAGCUUGAAAUAUUAGUGUUUGUAUCGGUACCUCCAAAUCGACCCUCAACGGCUCUAGCGGACUGUGUGGUUCUUGAGGCUAAGUUUCUAUGGCCAACUUUACCAUGGUUUAGAGGAUAGCAUCAAGUACACAACACCAUAGUUGGCCCCCAAAUCUAAAACCCAAAAAACAUUAUUUUUCUUUAGAACUUUAGGAAAACAUUUUGUUUCUCUUUAGUAUCAAUAUGGAAUUCUUUUAUGCU